AUGCCAACCCAGGCACCAUUUGCAGCAGCGGCUGAUCUGGCAGCGGAGCCAGCGUCUCCAAGCCUGGACUGGCAGCGCCGGCAGCGGCGCGGCCGCGCGGCCUGCGGUAGGACCAAGGCGGAGGGCGCGGCACUGCGGCAGUGCGCGGGGUGUGGCAGCUUGACGGGCGUGCGACACUGCAGCCAGCGGUGCUGCCGAGACCACUGGUGCGAGAUGAGCCGCCGCGCAGAGUGCGAGGCGGCGCAGGCGGCAAAGCGGCUGAUGGCGCCCCAUGGGGGCGCUGGCGGCAGCAGCGGCGGAAACAAUGACAGUGGCGUUUGUAAUUAA